AUGCCCUCUACGUGCCUGAAAUGCUAUGCGGAUUUAGCUCAAAAUGAUGAUAUACUUGAAUGUUCGAUAUGUAAAGGUAUUAAUCAUUAUUACUGUGCGGGGUAUACUGAACAUAAUUUUAAGAAAAUGUCUAAUAAUACAAAAGCUAGAUUCACCUGUGAAAACUGCCUAGUUAUUAAACAAAAUUCUCCAAAAUCGAAUAACCCUGAUAGAAAAACAGGAGCAACCUUAGAAAAUAAUAUUCAAGAACUUACAAGAUCUGUAUCAUUUAUGAGUAAGCAAUUUGAUAAUUUUAAUGUAAAACUUGAUAACGUAAUUUUGGAAUUGAAAAAUAUUAAGAUUGAAAAUGAAAAGAUUAAAUCAGAGAACAACCGUUUAUCUGAGGAAGUUGUUAUAUUAAAAUCUAAAAUCGAUGAAAUUGAACAAUUUAAUUUAGGUAUAACAGUUGAUAUAACUGGAAUACCAAAGACUAUAAAUGAAGAUUGUAAGUUAAUUGUUGAAGAUAUUGGUAAGAAAACGAAUACGGAAAUUAAUAUACUGGAAGCUUACAGAAUUGAUUCAAUUAUAUCUAAACGUAGUAUCAUAGUCGCCAAAUUAGCCACUCGUGACAUGAGGAAAAAUUUAAUUCGUAAUGUGAAGUCCGUCAAAUUAACAACUGAUAAAAUAUGUAACAGUUGGCAGAAAGAAAAUAUUUAUAUCAAUGAACGUCUUACGAAAUUAAAAAGAACUCUCUUCUAUCAAGUGAAAACAGCUGCUAAAGAGAAAGGUUACAAAUUUAUCUGGUUGUCUGACGCAGAUAUUCUUGCGAGAAAAAAUGAAAACACUAAAAUUAUUAAAAUUAAGUCACCUCAAGACAUCAAUCAUUUAUAG